AUGUGCGUAACCAGUGGCCCUAUGGUGGGCGAUCGCGACCGAGAGCGUGAAGCGGUGCGCUGGGAACUGGGGGAAACUACGCCACCCCCCUUCAAUAAUGGUGGACCGGGAACCACUAUGUGCAGCGGUCCCGCAGCGCAGGGCGGUAGUUUCGACGAUGGAACUACUACCAUUACAACAAACAUCGGAGGCAUGGGUGGAGGCGCAGGAGGUGGCAGCAUGGGAGGCCUCGGCGGCGCUGGCCUCCCGAGUGGUGGCGGAAUGGUUGGCGGAGGAGGACCGGGCGUCGGCACUUCGGGCGUUGGAGGAAGCUCGAAGGAGGUCCGCUACGCACCAUUCCCCAUCCAGUCCCCAUCGCAUCCUAACUCCGCAAGUUAUACACAGAUGUCCCAGGCACCGCUGCAAAGGGCACAUUCCAGAUCUAUGUCAUCAAUACCACCGGAGCCCUUCAUGAUAAUGCGAUCGAAGGCGCUCAACCGACGUGUGCUGAUCAACGUAGGUGGCGUGAAGCAUGAAGUCCUGUGGCGAACCCUCGAACGGCUGCCGCACACACGACUAGGGAGACUACGCGAGUGUAACACGCACGAAGCAAUAUCGGAGCUUUGCGAUGAUUACUCACUGAUAGACAACGAAUACUUUUUCGAUAGACACCCGAAGAGUUUUAGUUCCAUUCUUAAUUUCUACCGCACCGGGAAGCUCCACCUGGUGGACGAAAUGUGUGUGCUGGCGUUUAGUGACGACCUCGAAUACUGGGGUGUCGACGAACUUUAUCUGGAGUCCUGUUGUCAGCAUAAGUACCAUCAACGAAAAGAACAUGUGCACGAGGAAAUGCGAAAAGAGGCAGAAAGUUUGCGACAACGGGAGGAGGAGGAGUUCGGCGAUGGAAAAUGCGCACAAUAUCAAAAGUACCUUUGGGAACUGCUCGAGAAACCAAAUACUAGUUUUGCUGCUAGGGUAAUUGCCGUGAUAUCUAUUCUCUUCAUAGUAUUAUCUACGAUAGCUUUGACACUCAAUACAUUACCGUCCCUGCAAUCCGAACAUAACGGCACCUCUCAGGACAAUCCCGAGCUAGCGAUGGUUGAGGCGGUGUGCAUCACCUGGUUCACGCUCGAAUACGUCCUGCGAUUUAGCGCCUCGCCGGACAAAUGGAAAUUUUUCAAAGGCGGCCUCAAUAUUAUCGAUUUGUUUGCCAUUCUGCCCUAUUUUGUGUCCUUGUUCCUGUUGGAGACCAACAAGAACGCUACGGACCAGUUCCAGGAUGUGCGCCGGGUGGUGCAAGUCUUCCGCAUCAUGCGCAUCCUGCGAAUCCUUAAGCUGGCCCGACAUUCAACGGGCCUGCAGUCGCUAGGCUUCACGCUGAGAAAUUCCUACAAGGAGCUGGGUCUGCUAAUGUUGUUCCUGGCAAUGGGCGUACUCAUAUUUUCGUCCCUCGCAUAUUUUGCCGAAAAAGACGAGCCUCAGACCAAGUUUGUAUCUAUACCCGAAACAUUUUGGUGGGCGGGAAUCACCAUGACAACGGUUGGCUACGGGGACAUCUACCCCACUACUCCGCUUGGAAAAGUGAUUGGUACCGUGUGUUGCAUAUGCGGCGUACUGGUAAUCGCAUUGCCCAUUCCUAUCAUCGUUAACAAUUUCGCUGAGUUUUACAAGAAUCAGAUGCGGCGUGAGAAGGCCCUGAAGCGGCGCGAGGCCCUCGAUCGUGCCAAGCGCGAGGGAAGUAUUGUUAGCUUCCACCAUAUCAACCUACGUGAUGCCUUCGCCAAGAGUAUGGACCUGAUCGAUGUCAUUGUCGAUACUGGUGAACAAAGUGACCUAUUGGAAUCGCCCGAGGAAUCCAUUCAGGCCACGCCGUUGGCCGCCAGACGCCGACAGCCCCCACUCUCCUCCAGACUAGCAGAACUGAACGAAGAACUACGAGCCGAAUCACCGAGGCACAAUCUCUCCAUAGCGGACGGCAACAGCACAGAGGAAGGUGAUUCGGUGAGUGGUGGCCGAAAUCCCGCUAUGACAGGCGGUGGUUGCUACAAAAACUACAAACAUUCCGCUGGAUUAAGAAAGAGAGAAAAUUCGCAGUCUGAGAAUGGUCCGCAAAACUCCACGGGGCCCAUGGAUGCUGAUGCAGCGCCACCCUAUAGUCCAACGAUGCAGCACCAUAACAUUAUGCUCGAUAUGGAUGCCACAGAGGAGCAGCAAUUGAUCAUGCAGGACACACCGCAACAUGGGCCGCCUGUUAUGAUGGCCACUAGGGCGUACUACAACAAUCAAUGGAGCAAUGAGGAAGUAGAAGAACUACGACGACAAGUUGCUUUAGAAACUUCUUCCACCAGUAAGCGGGACAAAUCCGAUACUGAACUGCCAUCCGAGUUUGAGUGUUGUUUUUGCACGUCAAAGGAGUACAAAGACUUUAUCGAUGCAGAAGGUUUAAUGCCACUUCCCACUUCCGAUUUCCACACAACGGUCUGUUUAGAGAUGCGUAUGCUAAAGAACAGCAUGAACAAUAACUGUAUCGCCCCACCAGCACAAUUUGGUCCAAGUACAAUAUCAUAUCCAUAUCCGUAUGUGGAUACACCAAUCAAACAUUCUAAUAACUGUAAUAAUAGUAAUGUUAAUAAUAAAGUCAACGGUACCAGUAACAACAAUAACGCUAGCGUUAGUAAUAACAAUAGUAAUAGCAACAACGGUGAUUUAGCUAGUGUUGAUAGCUCCGAUACCUACGCUAGUUGUCAAACGCAUCCAUUCCUGUCACAAGGUGAUCUAACAUCUGAUAUUAUAGACAUGUCUUUCGACUUAGAUACCCUAGAUACGAACAAUCUGUACAUAAAUCCGCUGGAAAAAGAUACUCAGCAGCAGCGUUCCGUAGGUAGAGGCCAGGUGAAGAAAAGUAUAUCCGGAGACACCGGCCUGAGGAGCCUUGGGGCCAGCCCAAUGGACGAUGAGUACAAACAGUUCCAGACAUCUUUCGAGACAGCCGAUCGGGGUAGCCGUGUCAGCCUAAACGAGACCCCGGUACCCAAACAUCGCAAAACACGCUUUCAACAGGGUGCCGCUUCUGCAGCGCUGGCCGCUGCUUCCAGGCCCAAAACACGAUUUGAAAACCUCAAAUCGUCUAUCGAAAGUCUCGAAGAAUCUGGAACUGCAGCAGGUGCGACUGCCAGCAGUAGCAGUACGAACAAAAAAACACGCAGAUCUUCCUUCAUGCCAGCCAAAAGCAUAGCAUCGGCGACCAAACUCAUAAACCAGCAUCUGUUUGGUAUUCAAAAUCCAUCGCCUAGAGGUAAAGAAGAUACUAAAAAAUUAUCAUUGUCCAUAGAUUCGAUAGAAACGUCACCCCAAUUAGAAACGCACCGGCGGUCGAAAUCUAUUCUGAAAAAUAAAACAGAAGCGUGCAGACUUUUGUCCGAUCCAGAGAGCGAAAGACUGUUGGCAGACAAUAUGUCUGGGUCCGGAAUGUCGGAUAACGGUGCCACGAUGGGGAGCGACUCAAAUACUGACUACUCUGGAUGCACCAUGAUCGCCACUUCAAUUACACCGAUUGCACAGAGGCAUCGUUUGGUCCACCAACGGUCCACUCCGGCGUCGUUGGGCAGUAAAACACCGACCAAAUUUCAACAACCUCGCUACUCGCAAGAAGAAGUUGCUCGCCAAAGUAAACCGCAGCUAACCAGGGGCAUUGGAAUUGGAACCUACGUUGAUCAUUUGACAGGUGAUCGCCGGCUCGACAAGGGAACUCGUGAAAGUAGCACAGAAUCGGAAACCGCGUUUUCAACAUAUCUUGCAGCUAAUAAUAAUAGCAAUAAGGACAAAGCAUCGUUCGCUGGAAGUAGUCUGACCUCUAGUGACGAAAGUAAAACCACCACUAGCAGGGGGAAUUCAGUGGAAAACCACGGCGGAAGCAGCGGCUACGGAGCAUCGUCAUCGUAG